AUGCCAACGCAAGCGACAGAUGCAGGUGAUGAUGAUGAUGGUGAUACGGACAAAGAGUCUAAGAGAUUCAAUCGGUAUUAUGAUCCAAACCAGGACAAGGACCAGAGGAGACAAGUGAAGCGGAAGUCGCGAAAGUUAGAGCGAGACUUUGCAGAGAAUCGCGAUGAGCUCCUGCGUGGCGACGCGAAUGGCCUGACCGAAACCAUCAAUCGAGCGAAUCAGGUCUUCAAGAACGUAAAGCAAACCGGAGAUGCUGUGCUCGAUUCCAAACUCAUGGUCAACGUAACCGAACUUGCUUUCAAGAAGACUGCUCAAUUGGUCCUCGGAGAUGCCAGCACGGGCGUUGACGUGACAGAAUUCCUCUCAAAAUGCAUCACAUACAUGCAGAAGGGAGGCUACAUCAAUGGCGAUGAAGACGAGGCUCCAGCGCGCACGCAGCGGACUCAAAGCACGCAACGGAGACGAACACGGGAGCGAGAUGAAGAUGAUGAUGAAGACGGGGACUUUGCGGAACCCCUGGACUGGGCCGUUCUCGGCAAGCACGCCUGCUUUCCCUACAACACCCGUCCGGCAUGUCCGUCCUUCCUUCUGGGACCUCUUUCUGUAGAGAAGAAGGUCCGGGCCAUGACGCAAAGGCGGGCCCGGAAUACGAAAGACACGAACUCUCGCGAAGCCCGGCCUGAAGCACUGACCCGCGAAGAUCUGGGACAAGCCGACGAGAAUGCUUUGACCAAAGUUUGCGAUCGAAUCCACACACAUCUAAAGCAGCAUAUUGCUUCUGCAGCACUUGCAAGAGAUCGGGCGAUGUCGAGAGGAGGAAUGCAGGAUCAAGAGGCUCAAGAGGAGUUCCUGAAAAAGCACAAAAUCAGCGACGAGGGCGGCCCGUUCCUGUUCGAGUAUGCAGUCAACCCACAAAGUUUUGGGCAGACAGUCGAGAAUCUCUUCUACAUAUCCUUCUUGAUCAAGGAAGGUUAUGUUGGUAUCAAAGAGGAUAGCAAGGGGUUUCCUUCGCUGAUACUUCACAAUAAGCAAGAUCCCAACGUUGAACAGCCUGCUCGAAAGAAGGACUCGACAAAACAUCAAGCUGUCUUCGCGAUCGACUUCCAGACGUGGGAGGACUUGAUAGCGGCCUUCAACCUAAAGAAACCAAUGAUACCACACCGAGAGGAAGAUCCCGCAACGCAAAUUGGCAGUCGAGGGUGGUACGCAUAA